AUGUUGAGAAACCCUAUCUCUGUGAGAGGAGCGUCUCUGUACAGCUGGGAGAACAGUCCCUCGCAGAGAAACCUCCUGGAGACUUUGAGGCACAUGAAGAUGGAGGGAGGAGAGGGAGGUGAGGGAGGAGAGGGAGGAGAGGGAGAGCACCAUCGGCUGCUGGGUCGAGCUGAGGUGCAGGAGUACAAGGACUCUGUGACCAGGUUGAAAAACGAAGGAGAUAACGACGAGACGUUACAACUUUACAAAGAGGCCGUCCAGAAAGUACUCCAACUGUAA